UACUGUAUAUAACUAUAUGAUAGUAUACGUUUUUGGAAAGAAAUAAAACGUUACAUCAAAUGUUACAUAGAGAAUAACUGUAACAGGGAGUCAUGACUGAUUCAGUGCCAAUAUUCAAAUUAAAGUUUAGAAUUUAAAUGCAGUGCAAAAAAAUACUUAGUAACGUAAAUAAAUAAUGGCUGGUCUCUGAUUACACCUUCUGUACAUCGUCACCUUCCUAAAAUAAUGGCCUAAGUCACACUCCUGACAUAGAGUAGGCCAUUAUUCUACAGGGGUAGAAUCCCAUGAUGAAGGUAUUCAUAGCUGCAGGAUGCUGCUGUGUCUGUAUUGUCCCGCAGCACUUGAACGCAGCCUGUGGUUGCAUCACGCGGAAGCAGAGGUGUGUCUGAGCCAAUCAGGAGAGUGGAUCAUUUGGCGGAUGCAUCGUUCACCGUAUUCUUCGGUUCUGUUUGUAUUUUAUAUAUUUGAAUGGUUUAAAGUUAACGUGGGUGUUUAAGUUUUUUGGGGGUUUAAUUUGAUGAAUAGAAACUGAAGAAUAACUCGGGUUGUUGACAUCCGACAACACGGUGAAGGUACAGACCGCUGCUGCACGUGCUCGUCUCCUCCUGUGAAGAAUAACCGACAGUACCACCGGAGCUACUAUCCGGGUCUUCUGCCGCCUCCGGUGCCUCCUCCGCGGCUUUGUCCUCCACAUUCUCCGGUGCUAAGAUGGAGAAGCAGCCACUGCCAACUGACGACGACAUGACAGGAACCACAGGGUCAGAGGUCAACGGCUACGCUGGUGAGGAGAGCGAGCAGGCCUUGUCGGGGCGUCCCGCUCGAGCCGGAUGGAACAGUAAAAUAGAGUACUUCCUGGCCCAGGUGGGAUUCAGCGUCGGUCUCGGCAACGUCUGGAGGUUUCCUUAUUUGUGCCACCAGAAUGGAGGAGGAGCUUUUCUCCUCCUGUACGUGCUGCUGAUGCUUGUUGUGGGCAUUCCCCUGUUCUUCCUGGAGCUGGCGGCCGGUCAGGCCAUCCGACAGGGCAGCAUCGGGGUGUGGAAAUACAUCUCCCCCAGGCUCGCAGGGAUCGGCUAUUCCAGCUGUGUGGUGUGUUUCUUCGUGGCUCUCUACUACAAUGUGAUCCUUGCAUGGAGUAUUUUCUAUCUUGGGAACUCAUUCCAAAACCCUUUACCAUGGAACCAGUGUCCAGAACAGGGGAAUGUAACAGUAAAAGAAUGUGAGAAGAGCUCCCCGACGUCUUACUUCUGGUACCGCAAGGCUCUGGAUACUACCGACUCGAUUGAUGACACAGCCUCUCUCAACCCUUACAUCACCUGCUGCCUUCUGGCGGCCUGGACCAUCGUGUGCCUGGGAAUGUUCAAGGGUAUCAAGAGCUCUGUGAAGGUGAUGUACUUUUCCUCCAUCUUCCCCUAUGUGGUUCUGUUCUGCUUCCUUGUCCGAGGACUCCUGCUGGACGGAGCCUCAGAGGGAAUCAGCUACAUGUUCUAUCCCAAGCUGGAAAUUUGGGCUGACGUGCAGGUGUGGCGGCAGGCGGCCACACAGGUGUUCUUUGCCCUGGGUCUCGGCUUCGGCUCCAUUAUCGCCUACUCCUCCUAUAAUCCAAGGAACAACAACUGCCACCGUGACGCCUUCACUGUCUCCUCUAUAAACUUCCUCACAUCCGUGCUGGCCACUCUGGUGGUGUUUUCUGUUCUUGGCUUCCGCGCCAAAGGCAAUGUCAUGAAGUGUGUCGUCAGUAAUGUAAAGGAGCUGUCAGAACAGUUUCACAACAGUAAUGUGGACGUAAGCCGGAUGCCAAGCUUCAACUACUCUGCCCCCAGUUCUGUGAGUCUGGAGGAUUACAAGGCCUGGUUUAAACAGCAUGGAGCGAGCAUCCCUGGUAAUUUAACAGACUGUGACCUGGAAAAAGAGAUGCAGAAGGGCGUGGAGGGCACGGGCCUGGCUUUUAUUGCCUUCACAGAGGCCAUGUCCCUUCUGCCUGGAAGUCCUUUCUGGUCGGCGCUCUUCUUCCUCAUGCUGCUCAAUUUGGGGCUCAGCACAAUGUUUGGCACCAUGGAGGGCAUCCUCGCUCCCCUCACUGACCGCUUCAAAACUCUGGCCAACAACAAGACCAAAUUCACAAUUUUCAGCUGCAUCGUUGGCUUUGUGAUCGGCCUGCUCUUCACCCAGCGCAGUGGGAACUACUUUGUGAUGAUGUUCGAUGACUACUCUGCCACGCUGCCCCUCAUCAUCGUGGUGGUCUUUGAGACCUUCAGCGUGUCUUGGUUAUACGGAGCCGACAGGUUCCUCGACGACAUCGAGGGAAUGCUGGGCUGGCGUCCCUCUGUGAUUUACAAAUAUCUGUGGAAGUACAUUUGCCUGUUUGCUAUGCUGGGGUUACUGGGAGCCACUGGCAUUCGCAUGGUCAUCACACGACCGACUUACAUGGCAUGGAACCGAGAGAAGGCCACCGAGGAGCACCUGCCGUACCCUGACUGGGCCCUGGCCGUUCUGGCCUCACUGAUCAUAUUUGCCAUGCUGCCCGUGCCCGUCGCCUUUAUCCACGCUCUCCUGCAGGAAAGGACAAAGAAAAGAUCCCGAGAAGCAGAGAAUGGUCAGUACAGCAUUGUGAGCACGGACGACAAGUUCGAGACUCCGAUGACCGACAUGACACAGCUGGACCAAAGGAAUGGGACCGCUGAUUCCUUAUCGUGAAUAUUGAACUUGUGGGAAAUGACCUUCAGCACCCAGUCAAAGAUACAAUGGGCCACUUUCAAGGAAUGGUUUAAUCAUAUCUCUCUCUUCAGUGUAGACAUGACACAGAAAAACUAUUGCAGUGUGUAAAAGAAAAUUCCUUAUUUUAAUAUUUAAAACCUUUCUUUUAAUACUUUUAUGAAGUCCACUCGUAUACAGAUGAUUCUAUAAUUACUGCUGAUCCAGCAACACUCGUCCAUCUUCCAACUGGUUGAAGCAAUCGCAACCAUUUAUCUAAAGUGGGGCAGGUUUUACACCAUAACUCUCAGGAGUGUCCAAUUAGAGUGCCACUGAAUCCUGAUCAUUAACCAACAUGGCUGCUGCUGAUGUGAAGAGGUGUGAUGACUCAGCUAUUGAGACAGUAUUAAACAAACCGGUUGGUGUAUUUUCUCUAAGGGGAGAAACACAAACCCAUGUACCUUGCUGUCUGUUUACAUAUUUUCUGUCACUCUGGUUACAUCACUCUGCUGGAAACUGAAAAUGAAGUGAGAGAUUCCAGACGAGUGUAAAAUGGAAAAUACAGAACAAACCAUUUACAACAGCAGAUUUUUAGAAAGUUGUUGUCCAAAGGAGCAAAAAAAAAAUCUGCACAGGCCAUAAGAUAUCACAUCCUCUUCCUGCAUUUUUAUUUUUGUGUAAAAGCUUCACUUGUAAAUUUAUCUAAAAUGACCAAAACAUUUUAAACCUUUGUCGAUUCAUCCGUCUUACUUUGACAGUGAAUGUCACUGAAACUAAAAAAGCCAAAUGUUGCUCCUCAUUGUAUUUUAGACAAAAAUCCCAACGUGUUACAGUAAACAGUGUCCCCCUCCAUGUGAACUUUACAGAGCUGUUACGUGCUAUUUUUAUUUUUCUAUGUUAAACUUUUCACAGCACAGUAAACUGAUGGUAAAAGAUUUGUUGCUUUAGAUGAUCAGUUAUGUCUUGGGGUGAGUAAGAACAAUAUAAACGAUGGGGCCUUAAAUCAAACAGGAAAACUACAUUAUAAUCACUUAUAAUUAAUUAUAUUAAUUAUUAUUAUUUUUGUUGAUUAUAGCCUUGUUGAUUAUAGCCUUGCUGUAGCUGUGCGUUAGGCAGCAUUUCGUACAGUGCACGUAGCACCACACAGAUGCUGUUAUUUGUUGCUGAUGAGUGUGAGGAAAAGAUUCUGUUAAAGGAAACAGAUCUGUUGUAUUAUUACUCCAUAUUCUCUUCUCAAAGCUCAGAUAGUAGGUACUUUUAUUAGCAGAUAGUGAGACUGUUACAGCAGGUCGGCGAAUUCAGUUGUGUUGACAUUAAACUGUUAUUUGGUACAGUGUGAGUGUUCUUCACGACACCCAAUGUUUACAGCUCAACACAUUUGAGGCCUGAGGUUCAUAUUUACGUGUUUGCAUGCAGAGGUACCUGCACAGGUCGUAUGGUAACAUGGUCUUUUGAAAUCCAACUUUCAUUUCAACUCAGUUGUAAAUGUUUCAAAACAUUUAUUUAUUUUAGCGUCACUGUGUCUUCCUUGUAUUUAAACGUGUCAGGUUUAAGAAAAUGUCUGUGAUUUCCGACAGUAGCAGCAAAACAUCUGUUGUAAACAUUUUCUUUUCUGAAUGGGUGACGGACUACAAACACUGAGCGGAAACUCACAUUUUAACUGUAAAUAUGUACAAAAUACAUUGAGUCUGCUCAAGAACAAAUGUUUUAGACAUUCUGUGGGACUUAAUUUGUAAAUCAAUUUAGCAUGAAGCUUUGUUUAUUUCUAGUGUUUCUUUUCUUUCUGGUUUAAGUAGAAACUAAAAGUCCAAACCAGACAGUUUUUAUACUUUAACUGUUACUGUUUAUCAAGUAAUUACAGUGUUUUAAAAAUGUUUUUGAUUUUUAGACUUUAGUCCUUGAUCACUUGUCUAUUUUUGUCAGCCAUUUUUCUGAAGUUGAAUGAUUUGAUAAUGUUCGAUGGGUUACGAUGAAAAUGAAUUGCCCUUAUGAACUUCAAUGCUGUUGAACGUAUCUGUAUCAAGUGCCUUUAUAUUCAAUGAGGCCAAAUGAACUAAUUGUCAAAAAUAUUCCAGCAUCAAAUUGUUUCACUUUUAAAUCUGGUUUGUAGUAAGUUUGUAUGAAAUGAACUUUUGAGAAAAUGUAAUAUAAUUCGCCUGCUACUGUAUAUAAUGUCCUUUUUUAAAUUAAAAACUUGCAGCAUCA